GGUGACGUAUCGGAGGGCGCGCUGUCGGAAGGCAGCGCGCAGGCGCGAACGGCGAGGAGCUGGCGGCGGUUGGAGUGGUCGCGGCCCAAGCGGCGACCAUGACCCAGCAGGGCGCGGCGCUGCAGAAUUACAACAACGAGCUAGUCAAGUGCAUCGAGGAGCUGUGUCAGAAGCGAGAGGAGUUGUGCCGGCAGAUCCAGCAGGAGGAGGAUGAGAAGCAGCGGCUGCAGAGCGAGGUGAGGCAGCUGACAGAGAAACUGGCCCGAGUCAACGAGAAUCUGGCGCGCAAGAUUGCUUCUCGCAACGAGUUUGACCGGACCAUCGCAGAGACAGAGGCUGCCUACCUCAAGAUCCUGGAAAGCUCGCAGACUCUGCUUAGUGUCCUGAAGAGGGAAGCCGGGAACUUGACCAAAGCCACAGCCACAGCCUCGGAGCACAAGAGCAGUGGAGGCAGGGAGAGCUGAGGAGGCCAUUGGUGGGGAGGGGCCUGCCUCCCACGUCCCUCAGUGGCUCGACCCCCAACAAGCCCGUCUUCAAAGCGUCUUUAUUCUUCGUGGUAGCAGCUGCCUCCUUUCACUGUCUCGGGUGCCAAGAGGCAGUUGCCCAGCUUCACCUGCCCCAGGUGACAAGUACAGCCCUGGGUGCAGCCCACCAGGUGGGGGUCCUGGCCCUGUACUCAUAGGACAUGGGAAGGACAGGCUCUGGGUGAGUUCCGCUCAGGGCGGAGGUCCCCUCACCCCCGCCCUGGGCUGCCAGAAAGACCCUGCUCCCUACUUUCACCAGCACGGCAGCCACCUCACCUCGGUGCCCAGGCCAGGGGAGCAGGGGAGGGGCUGGGGCCCACCCCCUCAGAGCUUGCCCUGGUGGCCUAUGACUGUCAGUAAAGAUUGUCUUUGUGAAGGUA